AUGUUAAAUCAAUCUCAAAUUCCCCGUACCCGAGGUCUUGCUUUCCCGAAUGCUCGACUACUUUCCCAACAACAGGAACUACUGUUAAAUAAACUACGCUACGAGGGAAAAUAUGAGUCGGCCGUUUCAGUCUUUUGGGAAACAUUCAUGGGAUCAUCGAAGCACUUUUUAUCUUUAUUGAGGCCAGGGGGCGCCAGACAUCAUUACUGGAUCAUGGAAGAUCCGGUAGAUUGGACGACGAUACCAUGGGCAGAGGAGGAUCAGGUGGUGCCCCACUCGCUUGAGCCCGAGGAUUCUCCUCUUCCUGAGGUUCCAGUACCACUGUCCCCUUUGACCUCAGACGAGGAACCCUAUGAUGAGGACGAUCCCUCAAACCCAGUUGGAGAUUCUGAUGAGCUUGUUGAUAUGGAAACUGAGUUGGUUGAUGAUGAGAUAGACCCCACGGAGGAAGAAGUUGAUUACUUUGAGUGGGAGGAUGAGGAUCCCGAGGAAGAAAAAGAGACAACCAAGGAACCUGAACCAGCCAUUGAGCAACAAGCCCUCCCACCCCUACCAGCCUUCCAAAUAUAUCGGCAUACUUAUAAUGUUCCUUCUAUGGCAUACACUCCACGAAAAUCCAUACCUAUUCGUAAACGGAAGCGAGGCACUCCACUACCAGCAUCUCUAGUAGCCCCAGAAAGGGUACCUCCGACUCCAGCAUGGGUAACACAUCUACGAGAAUGGAGAGCUGAGGAUGAAAUACCAUCCCAGUUUGAUGUGGGAGAGUCAUCACGAGCUCGACAACCCACUCCGCUCCGUGAGGCAUCUUCUGAUCCUGCUAUACCCAUCUUAGUUGCUCGCAUAGCACGCCUCAUUCAUCAUAUUCGCAUCAUCACUAAUGAACUAGGGAUUAUCAAGGGGAACUCUACAGGUCUUCGUAAUAGAAUUCAAAGCUUAGAAGAGGAUCGAAGUCUAGAUGAGGAAGCCAUGCAACUUAUUUUUGAUCAUCUGGAUUCUAUCCAGAUACAGCUGCUGACCCAGGAUGCUCAAAUUUCAAGAAUGGAGCUUAUGGCACAGGUUAUGGAGCAUAGGGUGAUUGCAUCUGAGGCCAGAGCUUUUGCGGAUGAGAUGAGAGCUGAAUAUGUACAACAACAACUCACCCACCUAGUUAUUGUGCUAGGUACUUUUCUAGGUUUAUGGUAG